UUUACGCCCUUUUCUAUUGAAAGGUGAAGAAAAAUUUCAAACUUGGAUUUAAUGACCACUUUUAUUGGUCAGUGUGAAAUAGUUAAAUAUAUUUCUGACGAUUGCUUCUGAUUGGAGGCGAGAAUGACGACACGGAGUACGUGAUACAUGAAACUCCGCCCAUACACUUCGAGUUUGUUUGCAAUAAUUCAUAUGUGGAUAUAUGCAUUGCUGAGUGAACUAAGUCGUGGGGUCUAAAAAUUGAGUUUCCCUGUUUUCAGGUGGAAGAAAGACUUAGAAAACAAAAAGGAUUUUGGCGAUAUCGACGACGCUCUAUGCUGAGAUUUUAAUUACUGCGUUAGCUAAGUGAAGCUUCUAGACACAGACUAACGACGCUUGUUUUCAAAUUUUGGAAUCUUGUUCUGGUAUCUUAUCCCAGGAGACUGUAAAUUACAGCGGAGUUAAUCAGGUUGAUAUGACUGAAUUAGUUCCAACUUUUUGCAGUCGGUAUACGCGCUCGUCUGUCAACACUAGUAAAGGGAAAGUUCAGGCUCGAAGUUCUUCCCCUUUACAACAUGAUGUCAGAUGUUGCAAAGAGAUUGCAUUGUUUAUUGGAAACCACAUCCCAGAAAAACUGUCUAGUCGAGAAUUAGAGUGGUAUUGGAAAGAUGAAGAGAAAAUGCUGCACUCGCAACUGCAGGAUAACAUAAACUUCAGAUAUCAGUCCUCGGAUCAGUCGGGUGCCGUUCGCGGUUUGCCGCAAGAUAAUUUUAAAAAUUUGCGGCAAACGUUAUCAACCACAAAUCAACUAUGGUGCGUCAGAUGCGGUGGAAUGAUACCAAUGCACUCAUCAACCACCACGAUUCGGAAACCUUGUCCGGUUUCCGAAUCCAAAUUUAACCGUGACAAACGCACAUCUAUCAAGUUCAUAAAACAAAGUACGGAAAAUGAGAAAUCUUCAAGAACGAACUGUCGUUUGCAGAAAAAUUUCACUUCAAAUUUGGCAGACCAAAGCUUGUCAUUCCAAAAUCAAUGCGAGAGCAUAUCAGAAGAAAUUUUUUCAAGUCAAGGGACAAAAGACUCUAAAAAGUUUGUUGAAAAUAAAUGGCACAAUUGCAGCAAUAUGUGUAAAAGAGAAAGCGAAAAUUUUCAAUGCCAAAAACACGGAUAUAAAAAUAUUUAUCAAAGGGAGUUUAUGAAAAUAAACAAAUUAGCGAAUGGAUUUAUCAGUUCAGAAUCAUCUGAAAGGUCUACAACUUCUGGCAAAAAGGCUAAGUUCAACAAAAGUUUAGUAUCGUCUACAAAUAUUAAAGGUUCUCAAACUUUACCAACAACGACGUCCAAACGUCUUCUUAAAAACAGGCAAAAUUUAAGAACAAAAUCCCUUUUUAAAUCGGAUUUACAAAAUCGUAAUAAAAAAGAAAAUUUGAAAACUAUUCAAUUAUUCAAUCUAUCACGUCUACUUAUGACUUGGAUUAUUGCAUUACUUGUCGGUUUUUUGAACGCUGGACGAAUUCUAACCGGAACUAUUAUAUCUCAUAAAAAUUCGAAGGGAUUAGUAUCGAGGCGUGCUGUAUUUGUGUUGUGGACAUUAAUCGUUUUACCUGGAGAUUCAAAACGAGUCUUGGGAAAUUCAUUACUCGUAACGCCAAGUCAAUUUUGCACAAGAACAAGGUUUUUAAAUGCAAGACAACAAGAAAUUUGUAGAAAUCAUUCCCAUAUUUUAAAAUACGUCGAAGAAGGAAUAAUUCAAGGUUCUCAUCGUUGUCAAAGAGAAUUCCAGUAUAAUAAAUGGAACUGUUCAAGAUCCCCUAAAACGUAUUAUAGUCGAUUGUUAAAUCAAGAUAUUCGAGAAACUGCAUACGUUAAUGCAAUGAUGUCAGCGGCAGUAACUUACGCUGUGACGUACGCGUGUUCGAAGGGCGAAAUUCCAGAUUGCGGAUGUGAAGAGAAUUCGAUCACAAGUUACGAAUUACUCAAACAAGAAGCUAUAAAGCGCAAUUACAAAACUACUGAGGAAAAUCUUCGAAAAGUUGCAGCAGAAUUUGAAUGGGGAGGUUGCGGAGAUCAAAUUGAAUAUGGAGACAGAAUUUCCAGACUUUUCACAGAAAAUUUUGGCAGAAAAUUCCAAAGUAGUGACCUCAAAGCUAAAAUUGAAAUACACAAUAUGGAAGCUGGAAGGCUGGCAAUAACAAAUCACAUGAGAAGAGAUUGUAGAUGCCACGGAAUCACAGGUACUUGUGCAUUGCAAACUUGUUGGGAUAGAAUGCCGAAGUGGCAGGAUGUUGGUAACCGAUUACGAAACCAUUUCGAUGGUGCGGUUCGGGUACAACUGGCAAACGACGGCCGUUCUCUGCUAUCAAAACGGAAACAACGAAUUGCACUAAAACAGUAUCCAUAUCCGAGAAGGCCUUAUCCAGAUGCGACAUUGAACCGGUAUAAGCGCAAUUCUCCAGAAAUUUAUACCACUCGAACCAGCACCGGUGCAGCAAACAUAGAAAGACGUGAAACAGAGAGACGAAGACGACGAAGAAAAUUUAAGACUAAGGGUCUGAGACGUCGAAGAGGCGGAGAUCGUGGGAGCGCACUUGAGGAUGAGAACCUAGUGUACUCUCAAGAGUCGCCAGAUUUUUGUAAGAGAAAUCGGAAAAAUGGAAGUUUGGGUACCAUAGGUCGAAGAUGUAUACCGAAUUCUACAGGAGCUGGGAGUUGCGAAUAUUUGUGUUGCGGCAGAACUUAUCAAGAACACGUUAUCACAGUAACGAAGGACUGCAAUUGCAGAUUUGAAUAUUGUUGUAAACUAGUUUGCGAUAAGUGCACGUCGCAAGAAACUGUUCAUACUUGUGUCUGAUAUGG